CCUCAGAGCCAGGAAGCAGCCGAGCUACUAGCCAACCUCCAGCUGCUACCGGAGUCUUCUUUUUGGGGGCAAAACCAAGCAGCUUUUGGACAGGUGUGUGGGCUGGCCAGAACUGCACUUUUGGUCAGCAUCUGCACUGUUUGGUCGUAAAUGUGACAGACCACACCAACACAUCCAGCCUCACUAUGGGUCAGGACAGGGGGAAGUAUGAUUUCUACAUCGGUCUGGGAUUGGCCAUCAGCUCUAGCAUCUUCAUCGGAGGCAGUUUUAUCCUCAAGAAGAAAGGACUUCUGAGGUUGGCGAGGAAGGGAUCCAUGCGGGCAGGCCAGGGUGGUCAUGCAUAUCUAAAAGAAUGGCUGUGGUGGGCUGGUUUAUUAUCAAUGGGGGCUGGGGAAGCAGCCAACUUCGCAGCAUAUGCUUUCGCUCCUGCUACUCUCGUCACUCCACUGGGAGCCCUCAGUGUGCUUGUCAGUGCGGUGCUUUCAUCGUAUUUCCUGACAGAGCGGUUAAACCUGCAUGGGAAGCUUGGUUGCCUGCUCAGCAUCCUGGGCUCCACCACCAUGGUAAUUCAUGCUCCACAAGAGGAAGAGAUCAGCAGCCUUGAGCAUAUGGCCAGAAAACUGGUUGACCCAGGGUUUUUCGUCUUUGCCACUCUUGUCAUCAUUGUGGCUCUCAUCUUUAUAUUUGUUGUGGGUCCCCGCCACGGUCAGACCAAUAUCCUUGUGUACAUCACCAUCUGCUCAGUAAUUGGGGCACUAUCAGUGUCCUGCGUCAAAGGACUGGGCAUUGCCAUCAAGGAAGCAAUCGCUGGGAAAAACAUAGUUAGCAACCCGCUGGCAUGGAUCCUGCUUUUGGGUCUGGUGGCCUGCGUGAGCACUCAGAUCAACUACUUGAACAAGGCUCUGGACAUAUUCAACACGUCCCUGGUGACUCCCAUCUACUACGUGUUCUUCACUACAUCUGUGCUCACCUGCUCCGCCAUCCUCUUCAAGGAGUGGGAGCACAUGGGCACGGACGACGUGAUUGGCACCCUCAGUGGCUUCCUCACAAUCAUCGUGGGCAUCUUCCUGCUCCAUGCCUUCAAAGACAUUAGCGUUAGCUUGGCUACUCUUGCUGUUUCCAUGAGGAAGGAAGAACGGGCCUUUCCUGCGGCCAACGGCAUGGCGUCCCACAGUACCUAUGAACUACUACAUAAUGAGUCCACUGAGGACUUGGAGGACAGAGAAAUGGGUUUGCCUUUCGAUAGUGUUUCCAGAAGAAAUGGGGCGAUGACUUCUUCAUAGGAUGAUCAUGGAACUUUUUGCAGCCCCCUAAUGACUCACCAACCAUGGGAUUGUUAUAGGCACGGUGUAUGAAAACAAUAAGACAAUCACCUGAAAGGGGGAAGUGACUCGGACAGACCAGUGGAUUGUACUUAAUGUUUUAAUUUGCCUUACUUUUCUCAGAA